GUCAUCGCAUCGGGACGGACAUCGUUGCUACUCGGGAUAUAGUGGCUUAUUUUUCCACUUGAUUCGUUCCAUUUGAUUGCAUCCCGAUAUUUUACUUCGUGGACAAGUUGAUUGUGUAGUUUUAUAAUUAUUUAGUCUUGUAUAGUGCCUAUCCUAGCUGUAGCUGAAGCGAAGAGAAAAUGGCCAGCUUAAGACUGAUUGGAACAUCAUUGCAGCGCAAUCUGACCUUUGCCCGCACGAUUAAUUUCAAAGGUAAUGCUCCGCUAAUGCACAACCGCUUUCUGGCCAGUGCCUCGGUCGGAAAGCACAUCAAAACUAAAGUCAUCGAUAAUGUCUUGGUAGUGACACUAGAUUCUCCCAACUCCAAGGUGAAUUCUUUGGGCGCCGAAGUGCAAGCCGAGUUUGAUGCCGUAUUCCGUGAUCUGGAAACCAAUUCAGCCGUCAAUUCGGCAGUAGUGAUUUCCGCCAAGCCAGGAUGUUUUGUCGCUGGAGCCGAUAUCACUAUGCUGGAGAAAUGUAAGAGUGCGGAGGAAGCUACCAAGAUUUCUCACGAAGGUCAACUUAUGUUCAAUAAGCUGGAGAAAUCGCGAAAGCCUAUAGUGGCUGCCAUAAACGGUGUCUGCUUGGGUGGUGGUCUGGAGUUGGCCUUGGCCUGUCACUACCGUAUUGCGGUAAAGGACAAGAAGACAAAUCUGGGACUUCCGGAAGUUAUGCUUGGGCUACUACCGGGUGCUGGAGGCACCCAAAGGCUACCCAAAUUGAGCUCAAUCCUCACCGCGUUAGAUUUGGCUCUGACAGGAAAGAAUGUUAAAGCCGAUAAGGCCAAAAAAAUGGGCAUUGUAGAUUUGCUUGUGGACCCCCUGGGUCCAGGAUUGAAGUCGUCAGAGGAGAAUACGAUUGAGUACCUGGAAAAGGUUGCCAUCCAAACAGCCAAGGACAUUGCCUCCGAUAAACUCAAGGUCAACAGAAAAAAGUCCGGUUUGGUGAAUACGGUUACUGAAUAUGCCUUCUCGAUCGACUGGGUUAAAGACAAAGUAUUCGGUAAAGCUCGUGAGCAGGUGAUGAAAAUGUCUGGAGGUCUCUAUCCUGCGCCACUUAAGAUUAUCGAUGUGAUCCGCGUUGGUGUAGACAAAGGAUUCGAUGCUGGAUCUGAGGCGGAACGUAAAGGCUUCGGUGAACUGUCGCAAACUUCACAAUCGAAGGGCCUCAUCGGAUUGUUCCGUGGACAAACCGAGUGCAAAAAGAACCGUUUUGGAAAGCCCGCCAACCCACCAAAGACAAUUGGUGUCCUGGGAGCAGGAUUGAUGGGUGCCGGUAUCGUUCAAGUAAGCAUCGAUAAGGGUUAUCAGGUGGUGAUGAAGGACACUACUGAGGCUGGUCUGGGCCGUGGUGUUGGACAGGUCCAAACCGGUCUACAGAACGCUAUCAAACGCAAAAGAAUCAGCGGCAUCGAAAAGGAUCAGAUUCUUUCCAAUCUGAACGCUACUCUCAGCUACGAUGCUUUCAGAAAUACAGACAUCGUUAUUGAAGCAGUAUUUGAAAAUAUCGACAUUAAACACAAGGUUAUUAAAGAGCUUGAGCAGGUGAUUCCAAAGCACUGCAUCAUUGCAACCAACACGUCGGCUAUUCCAAUUACGAAAAUUGCUGCCGGCAGCUCGCGGCCAGAAAAUGUUGUCGGAAUGCAUUACUUCUCACCGGUAGAUAAAAUGCAACUGCUCGAAAUCAUCACACAUCCGGGAACUUCCAAGGAAACUGCUGCUGCUGCCGUCGAAGUUGGUUUGAGACAGGGCAAGGUGGUCAUCACCGUUGGAGAUGGACCAGGCUUCUACACAACCCGCAUCCUGUCGACUAUGUUGUCUGAAGCAAUCAGACUGCUCCAGGAAGGUGUCGAUCCAAAGGAUCUGGAUAAGAUGACCAAGUCGUUCGGAUUCCCGGUGGGCGCAGCUACGCUGGCUGACGAAGUCGGAAUCGAUGUUGGUGCACACAUUGCCGUCGACCUGUCCAAGGCGUUUGGUGAGCGGUUCAGCGGCGGAAGCCUUGGCGUCAUGGAGGACAUGGUUAAGGCUGGUUUCAUGGGACGUAAAUCCGGAAAGGGUGUGUUCAUGUACGAGGGUGGCAGGAGCAAGAACCGUGAAGUUAACCAGGGUGCUCUGGCCAUUUUGAAGCAAAAGUAUGCCUUGCAAUCUCGAGGCGCUAACAGUGUUGAAGAUAUGCAGCUGCGUAUGGUUUCGAGAUUUGUGAAUGAAGCAGUGCUGUGUCUUGAGGAAAAGAUUCUGGACAGCCCGUUGGAGGGUGAUGUUGGUGCCGUGUUCGGUCUCGGAUUCCCACCAUUCACCGGUGGCCCAUUCCGUUGGGUGGAUCAAUAUGGUGCUGCUAAGCUGGUGGACAAGAUGCGGUUGUACGCCGAUUUGUACGGUGCUCCAUUCCAGCCAGCGCAAAUUCUGGUUGAUAUGGCGAAGGAUCCAUCGAAGAAAUUUUACCCUAGCAAGUGAGGCGUCGAUGUAUAAGUAAAUUAAUUCAUAUUAAUUGUUAAGCUGGGAUGUUUCAAUACGAACGACAGACAGAUUUUUUGUUGUUUCGCAAUCCCAUCGAUAUUUUCAAACAAAGAACCUGCCUGAGCAUACUUUAGUGGUCCAAUUUUUGGUGGAUUAUCACAUUUAAAUUUGUUAUAUCCUUCCUACCUAUAUUUUUUUUUUGUUUUCCGUUGUUAAUUAAUGUAUGCAUAUGCAUUUUUUUUCGUGUAGUUAAAAAGUA